AUGAAACUCACUCCCCCCCACCCAGGCCACACCCUCGGCGUCGUCUCCCUCGCGGUCGCGUCCAACGGCCUCGUCGCGUCCUCCGCGCUCGACUCCUUCGUCCGCGUGUGGGAUCUCAAGACGCACGAGACGCGAUGCGUGAUCGAGUGCCCAGCGGCUGAAAAUUGGGCCGUCGCGUUCGAGGCGCGUUCAUGUUUACACUGGUUCCCAUACGACCCCGUCGGCGUGGUGAACGCCGUUCCUUAA